AUGGCUUCGUCUUCUUUAAAUUUCUCUACUCUACACCUGCAAUUUCCUUCAUCAAAAUUAUCUCCUCCAAAACCCUUCAAAUUUGAGCCCACUCUCCACCGAACCAAAGCAUCUGUAUCAGAAAAACUAUAUAUUGCACCACCGGCUCCACCGCCUUCAACACCACCGGCGACGGUGGUGGUACCACAACCCAAGAAGCUCCCAAUCCGUAAAAUCCCAGGAGACUACGGGCUUCCCUUUAUCGGGCCAUAUGUAGACAGACAAGACUAUUUUUAUAACCAGGGAAGAGAUGAAUUCUUCAGGUCUCGAAUUCAGAAAUUCAAGUCCACAGUUUUCAGAACAAAUAUGCCGCCGGGUCCUCUCAUAUCAUCUAGUUCUAAAGUAAUAGUCUUGCUCGACGGAAAAAGUUUUCCGGUCUUAUUCGACACGGAUAGAGUCGAAAAGAAAGACUUGUUCACUGGAACUUUUAUGCCGUCGACUGAACUCACCGGAGGCUACAGAGUUCUUUCGUAUUUAGACCCAUCUGAGCCGAGCCAUGCUAAGUUGAAAAAAGUCAUGUUCUUUUUACUGUCUUGGCGUCGAGAUAAAGUAAUUCCUGAGUUCCAAAACUGUUAUAUUGAGUUGUUUGAGAAUUUGGAGAGAGAUUUGGCCAGCAAAGGGAAAGCCAGCUUCGGGCAAGCCAAUGAUCAAGCUGCGUUUAAUUUCUUGGCUAGAUCGUUAUACGGUGCAAACCCGGCUGAUUCCAAGUUGGGAUCCGACGGACCCAAGCUGGUUAGCAAAUGGGUGCUAUUUCAACUGCAUCCAUUGCUGAGUCUUGGUCUACCUAGACCAAUAGAAGAUGGGUUUCUUCAUAAUUUCUCUCUGCCGCCAUUUUUGAUCAAGAAAGAUUAUCAGAGAUUAUAUGAUUUCUUUUACCAGAACUCGACUCCGAUUCUUGAGCAAGCCGAGAAAAUGGGUGUAUCACGUGAUGAGGCUUGCCAUAAUCUCCUCUUCGCCACGUGCUUCAAUUCCUUCGGCGGCAUGAAGUAG